CUUUUUUUGCGUCCUGACAACACUGCAAUUAUUUAUUGUUCUCGCCACCACAAGCGGUUUCCGCUCAUGUAUAAUGCUCUCGUUACGUUGCCCGAUAUUGUUAUUGCGAAUCUUGUGAAGCUCUCAUGUCGCGAGACACUGGCUCUUUUCGUAGAGAGACAAAGCGCGUAUUUACGUAUACGUGAGCAAGUAUGCAUCCGUUUAUCACACCUCUCCUCGCGUAUCUCUGUCGCAUAUCUCCGGAUAAACAUAACCUUUCAAUUUACAUUUACGCAACGUACUCGAGUUGCGAGCCAACGAUGUAAUUAGGGAUCUAUCAAUCCGUUCCGCGACAAGAUAACAAUAAGCAGAAACGCAGUUAUUCUCCCUGAUACUUGCAACGACGAUAUUUUCAUAAAAUUUUUAUUGGAAACUUAAUUGUGACUUUGCACUCGCGUUGAAAAAUCUUUAAACGUCGCCUGUAGGAACAAUUAAAACGUUGACCAUGCCAUUUUUAUAAAUAAAAAAUAUAUUUGCUAUUAUUAUAACUAUAAUGAUAAUGUCUUAUUGAGCUACUCUCAAAAAUGUCAUUUACCAGUGAGCUGCAAGCUUACGAAGACUGUAUGAUAUCUACUGGAAUGAUUGCAACAGUCAACUUUGAAGACAAACAAUUGGAACAAUGCAGAGUGAAAAGAGAUAUUGAGGAGAAUCUGGAUGUAAGCGAAGAAAUAAUUGUGAAUACAAAUGGAUAUUUCCUGGAUAAAAUUGAGAGCAAGGAUGUAACUAUGUAUUUUGAAGAGAAUCUGGAACCCUGUGACAAAGUGACUGUAGAUUAUAAGGAAUCCAUAGUUUCCGUUCCAUUGACAGAAGGUUUGAUGGAUGAGAAAUGGAAUUGCGAGACAAUUGCUGAAUCAUCUUUGAGGGAGAGCAAGAUGGAUGAGCAAGAGAACGACGAGGAAACGAUCGCCACUUUCGUCACCGCAGAAGGGCAACAAUUGGCUCUCUAUGCUGUGGAAGGUUAUGACGACAUAUUUGCCGUGGCCGUUUACGAUGAAUCUGGCGAGCCUCCGACCAAUUUCGAAUUUCUCAUGAAAGCAGAUGUAGAGCGAUUAAUAAAUGAAGGAGCUGUGCGAACGGUGAAAAAACCAUCGCAGAUAAAGAAACGACUGAUAACUACUCAGCCGCCGGUGUUGUAUCACAAUGGGGAUUGUGAAGAAAUCAACGAGCGAGCGAAUGACAAAAUCUUCACUCGUAACACAUCAAUCGAUAAUAGCGAAAAGAGCAUUGUGCAGGAAGAAGAUUGCGGACUGGUACAUGAUUACAAAACUUGCCAAAACUAUAAUGAUUCUAUCAAGAAUAAUUCAGCAAGCGAUAGAAUUCAUAUCACUGCCGAUGAACAAUCGGAUAUUACGUAUUUUAUGAUGGAUAACGAUUCCAUAAAUAUCGCCGAACAAUCGGAUGAGAAUCAAAAUAAUGCCGAAUCUGAGGAUGAACUGAUGGAACGCUCUACCGUGCAAUACAUUCUUUUAGAGGGCGAUCAUCAGUCAGACUCGGAGCUGACAUUCGAUGAAAUUCAGGCGACGUUGCAAAAUUUGAAGACCUCUCGUGAAAAGGCAUCGAAAAAUGGCGACAAAAAAUUUAGCAAGUUGCGAGACGACGAAUCGAUAAGCUUUUCCCAGGACGUUAUGCACGAUUCUUCAAGCAUCGAGCCAUCGAAUGAAGACAUGGACGAAUUAGACUUGUACAUGUCGUCGAACAACUGUGGUUCUGUCACGGAGGAUGACCGACAGCGGUUGAUCGAUACGUUAACCGAUUCGCCGCCAUCGACGACGAUGACAGCGAGCACUCCGCAACCACAGUUAAAAAUUAAGCGAUCGCGGAAGCAGCAAUUGAUCUCUGUAAACCGGGACGACGCUGAGAUUAUCAUCCAACCAGCGUCAAUGUUAAGCGAGGAGGAACAGACCAACAAAAAACGCGGCAGGCGGCGACGUCGAUUAUCGACACAGAUGCGCGUCACGAUGCCCAACACAAAAAGGAUCAAACGGAAACGGCGAGAGGUUGUGGAAGUGAUCGACUUAGAUGCCGAUGAAGAGGAAAAGCAGCCAAAGGACAACGUGGUGGAGAUCACUUUGGAUGAUAGCAAGGACAAGUAUUCCAGUGACAAGGAAAACGAGAUUAUCAUGGUGAGAGAUUCAGAUUCCGAUAACGGCGAUGAUGAGGAAGAGGAGGAAGAUGAUGAUGAUGAAGAUGAUGAUGAUGACGACGACGAGGAAUCCGCCGAUGAUUUGACGAAGCUCAACGGCAUGAUACGGUGCGAGCAUUGUUCCAAAAACUUUCGACAUCGACGUGCUUUCGACACGCAUCUUAGAAUUUGCCAGAAAUCAUCAGCGAACGCUCUCAGACUCGAUGAGAGGAAGUCCAAAGACAAGAAGGAAAGUCAGAAAGUCAGGAAGCAAUAUGCUUGCAAGAUUUGUCAAGAAAAGUUCGAUGUGGUCGUGGUUCUGGCGCGUCACGUUCGCACGGCGCAUUCACAGAGGAAAAAACAUAGAAUCCAGAACAAAUCCUGGAGAUCGAUUCAACAGAAGGAAAUAACUUUAACGGAAGAGGAGGAAAAGGAACUGAGUAAUGAUGACGAUACAUCGAAAAGCGAGCUCAGUAUGCUAGCCAGAGUGAAGAGAAAACGAAAGCAAAGGAGUAAUUACUCUUGGGAGAAGAAAGAGCUCAAAUGCGCGGACUGCGGCCGAUGGUUUCCAAGUUCCGCUAUGCUGGACGCGCACAGUUUGCAGCACGGUACUAAGAAGUCUGAACAACUGCGCAGAUGUCAUGUUUGCAAGAAGUUAAUCAAGUCCAGAAUGCUGUUUUUGCAACAUUUGAAAGUGCAUAGUGACACGCCAAGGAUGCUGCGACGAAGAUUACGCGCCCGUCCAAGCGCGCGUAAGAUCGCGUCUCCUCGAAAACGGGGUCGGCCACGAAAGUUCUGAUCUUUCUUUCAUCGCGCGAACGAUAUGUAUAAUACUGUACUCCGCUCGAAGCUUUUUGACCUGUUCUUUUAUUUUUUUUUUCUUUUAUGAUUUCUAAGACGAACGUCAUCUUCGAGCGGUGUUCGAGACUAGCUACAUUAGCAUUUGGAUGUAAAUAACACAAUUCACGUUACACGUUAUGUUUUUCUCUUUUGUCGCAUGUGUCGCAAAAAUCGCUCAUCAAAAGAAUUGAAAUCCACUUUUACAGCUUCUGAACUUAAUGAAAUUUUCUGUUGAACCAAAUAUUUUUCAUACAAUUAUAUUUCGUAAUAUAGAAAAAUUUAAAUUUUUUUGGAAAAUUAAUCAUGAUUGGAAAUUUUAACAUUCCGAAAUUGCUUGUCGAUAUAAGAGUUAAAUAUUAGUA